AUGGAGGAUGGGAAGAAUGCGUUUCUGUUCCACCUGUUCUCCUCCCCAGAGAGCGAGCAGGCGGGAGAACAAAAAGCCAAGGUGACAAAUUACAGGUUCAUCAAAUUGCCAAGCAUAAGCGAGCCACAUAAAUGUGUAUUAUACCACUACAAUGAAAGGAACAAUCUCCUCUACCUGCUGGAACGGAAUUACUACAAUCCCAAAAUUGAGUCAAUAAAACAUGAAAAUGAAAAAAUAAACAAAAGUUGCGUGUCCCUUUUUAUAAAUAAUUACGCUGUGCAAAACGAUUGCAGUUUUUUCUGUUAUCCCAUCGAUGCAAUUUUUCUCUUCAUAAGUAUCAUUUAUCAAAAUUCCACCAGUAACACGUAUACCACACUGGGGGAUUACCUAGACAAUGUUUUAAAAGACAAAGAGAAGAAGGAACAAAACGAAAUAAGGAAAAAUUUCUUUUUCAUUUUUAGCGAAAAUGUAAGUAACAUCAAGGAGAGGAUAAAAAAUGUCUGUGACGAAUGUUAUGAAAUGGGUAAGAAUUAUUUCAAACCGAAUUUAAAAAAAGUUCAAAAUUUUUACAAUCUUAAAUGUAUUAAUUUAUUCAAUUAUAUUAUUGAGAACAAAAUUAUUUUCUCUGAUUAUGCACACACUGUGGAGGAGGAUAUUUUAAAGAAACACAAUGCUGACAUGGAUCUCCAUGCGAAUACAAUAUCCAAAGUUAAAAAGAAUAAGUUGAAACAAAUCCAUGUGUAUGAUGAAUAUAAAAAAUUGGUAGACUCAUAUGUUAUACAAUUUAAUAAAAAGUACUACAAAUUUUGUGGAUCCAAUUUAAGAACUUUUGUUUGGCUAAUUGUCAAGGGCUUCAUGAGUUGGUCUUUGACUGAAAAACUCACACCCCGUGAUAUACAGGAAAAAUUGAGCAAAAUGAAGGAGGACGAUAAAAUGAAGAAAAUGCAACAAAAUAAUACUUCCUCAAAAGGGAAGAAACACUCCCUGCAACAGCCCAGAAAUCAGCUGAUGAUCGAAUCCUUUUUUAAAAAGAAAAAGACCAAGUGA